AUGGCCUUCCUGGGUGCCUUGGAGUCGGCUCUCGCUCAUCUGCACAACCUCGGUCUCGCCCACAACGAUCUCAACCCUGCAAACAUAUUAAUCAGCGAAACGGGCAUGCCGGUCCUCAUUGACUUUGAUUCAUGCCGUCCCAUCGGACAAAGACUGCUUCAUAGCCGUGGCACACCGGGCUGGACCGACGAAUCGGACAGUUGGGACACGUCAGAGAUUCGACACGAUACGUUUGCUAUUGAAAAGAUCCGGGGAUGGUUAGACGAGCAGCUGAAGGUAGUCGGCCCCACGCUGUAA